AUGGCUUCACAAAUAGCUGCCUCACCUCUACAGGGAAGACAGCUGGAAAUGGAAACCAUCAGUACUAUAGAAAGAAAGGUGGGUCUGAUUAGUGGAAUCUGUAUGAUCGUUGGCACAAUUACUGGUUCAGGUAUCUUUGUUUCUCCAAAAUCAGUACUUGCCAAUGUUGGAGCAGUGGGUCCUUGUUUAACCAUCUGGGCAGUCUGUGGAGUUCUCGCAACACUAGGUGCACUCUGUUUUGCUAAACUUGGUACAACGAUCACAAAAUCAGGAGGAGAAUAUCCUUACCUUAUGGAGGCCUUUGGCCCAAUACCAGCAUUUCUGUUUUCUUGGGCGAGCCUGCUUGUCAUAAAACCCAGUUCUUUCGCUAUCAUAUGUCUCAGCUUUGCAGAAUAUGCAUCAGCUCCCUUUUAUCCAGGUUGUGAUCCACCUCAAGUAGUCAUCAAGUGCCUUGCAGCAGCUGCCAUUGUGGUAAUUACAAUAGUGAAUUCACUGAAUGUUAAGCUGGGAAGUUAUCUCCAGAAUUUUCUCACAGCUGCUAAAAUGAUAGUUGUGGCAAUCAUUGCUAUAAGUGGGAUUGUUCUCCUUGCACAAGGUAAUCAAAACAUACAUUCACUUCCAACAAUUAUUUUAGUUUCUGCUGUGAUCUUUAAGAAUUUCCUACUGACAAAAAGUGGCACAAAAAUAAGGCUAUCUUUCUUCAGUGUUGCUGUCCCAAAGACUCUUCAAAACUACAGUACUUUCUUUAAGAGGAAGUGGGGUAAGAAUUUCAAUACUACCAGUAAGUUCAUAAAAAUUCUAUCAAUUGAUUUUUAACAAGAUGUUUCAAAAGACCCAGGAGAUGCUGGAGUUUUUCUUUGUCUGGUGGCAAUUAGCCAAA